AUGAUGGAGACUAUGACUUUGGCCACGGGGCUUUCGGACGGCUUAUACGACAUACCCCACGGUCAUCCGCAGUCCCAUGGGUAUCACUACACCGCGCCCUUGUGGCACAGUAAUAGAGAGGACCGAACUUGUCAGGUUUCCCUGAAUCCCUCUAUGACGUCACUGGAAACCCGGACAUCCGGACAGACAGAGGGGCAACGGAUAUCACCAGGGAAAAAUGAUAUUGAACUUCCAGAAUUAUCAGAUUGGAUAGAGGAUACAAGGGAUACCAAAGAGUUUGAAAAAUCUUCAAGCGAGCAAAACUCACAGAAGCAAUCUCAAGUAGCGUCAACAUUAAAAUGGUUGACGGAAAACUACGAGAGAGCGGAAGGGGUGUGUCUACCAAGGUGUGUGCUCUAUACUCACUACCUGGACUUCUGCAAGAAGAUGAAAUUUACACCUGCUGGGGCAGCAACAUUCGGCAAGAUAAUCCGGCAAAAGUUUCCGAAACUUACUACAAGAAGACUGGGAACUCGAGGGCAGUCAAAGUAUCACUACUACGGGAUCGGAAUCAAGGAGAGCUCGAUAUACUACCAUUCAGUCUACUCGGGCAAAGGUCUCACAAGAUUUUCUGGGAUCAAGAUAAAGACAGAGGGUUCCAACAGGAAAUACUCCUUGAGCUCAAAGACGGGGACACUUCUUCCGGAAUUCCCUGAUGCAAAUAAUUUAAUUUUGCCUGAAAACAUCACAAGAGAAAAGAUGCAAACAUUUAUAAUGAUGUACAGGACUCACUGUCAGAGGAUCCUAGACACAGUGAUCAGUGCUAACUUUGAGGAAGUACAGAAUUUCCUGCUUCAUUUCUGGCAAGGCAUGCCAGAACACCUCAUACAUCUAUUGGACGCGGAUAUGAUAGUGGAUAUUGUUGGUUUGUGUGACUCCAUAUUAUAUAAGGUACUGGUAGAUGUAUUGAUCCCGUCUACAAUUCAAGACCUCCCAGAUAGUUUGGGAACGGAGAUAAAGAUGUUUGUUAAACGACUACCUCACUGGCUUGAAAACGCUUUAGACAGCAUUCCAGAAUGUCUACGUCAAAAGAAACUUGAUGUUGUUAAGGGAUUUAUUCAAAGCAUAACCCGGCAAACAUCGUUUGUGCACCUGGCACAGACGGCGAGGAUGGCCCUCCUCAAUCAUGACGUAGUGAACCAGAUUAUCGAUGAUGUCACAAAUAUCAACUUUCCAGAGAUUUGCUGUAGAGCUGGCUUCAUAGAGCCGUCUACUGCGUCAGAGUUCAAAGACGACAUCAUGGAGUUUUACGAAGAAUUCCAAGCAUUGCUGAGUAAACAAGCUCCAAUAGAGGCCUAUACAGAAUGGAUGGACACUAUAGUAGACAAAUGUGUGCUACAGCCUAAAAAAGAGAGCGGAGCAAAGUUUCGUGAAAGGGCGUCCAAAUUCCUUUUGCAAUGGGCGAUAUUUGGCUCUUUGUUUAUGCGUGAUCUUACACUAAGAAGUGCUGCAAGUUUUGGUGCCUUCCAUCUGGUUCACAUGAUGUUCGACGAAUAUGUUUUCCUUGUAAUGGAGACACAGCAAGACCAAGCAAAGGAGGAUAUACUACAACGAAACGUUCAGCGACACAUGAAAAAUGCCGAGGAAAUCAACAUGAAUGCAAAAGUGAGAACACCUUCAACAAAGUCUCAACACAACCGCCAUAACAGAAAGGAGAAAAUUCAUGAUGAUCACUUUGAAGCAACAGAUGAAGCUGAAACGCCUACCGCAACUGACGAAAAUCAGCCAGAUGUUCCAGACGCUUACACACCUUCCAGUAUGACGGCAUUUAGUAGACCGACACCAAAUAGCAGAGAACCAGGUCAUUUUUCAAUAACUGACGAGAGCUGUCGGUCUAAUGUGCCACACGCCUUGCCGUUGUCUCCUCUGAAGCCCUACCCGUCCAUUAACACGGGGCCAUAUGACAGGCCCACCUAUCUGCCCCAGUACGGCAUACAUGGCUCCUAUGGGGAUUAUGUUAAUGGGGCGUCGUCAUUAGCAACCAGUAGGAUUCCCUCCUUUAGCGAUACACAUGGGCAGGCUUUUGCGUCAGUGCCAUUUAACAACAAUGUACAACAGCCCAUGAGUUCCUACUGGACGGAUGGACGGACACAUGCUGCCAUUCAUGACACGUAUCCCUACAGCUAUAACAAAUUUCCCUCUACAUAUGAUACCUACAAUAAGAGUUCGUUUCUACCAAGUGGACACUAUCAGGACGCCUUCAGUAGGUCAAGGUUUGAAUCUUCACGAAGCUACCACUACCGUCCAACUCAUGACAACUUACAAGCUGUAGCCAGCCACCUGUCGAUGGGAGGGUACAGCGGAAAUUACAUGGACAUCGCACAACCUGGCUCACAAUACGGACGACAGGACACUAUGUUGUAUCAGGACGAUUUGUAUACGGGCGGACUGCCGCCAACAUUUUCUACAGUGGGCAAGUCGUAUCUCGCCGCACCUUUCCGAUGA